AUUUUAAUUUUUAUAAAGUUGGAUCUACAUACGCACAUGAAAAAAUAAAAAAAAGUUUAGUUCAAUAAAUAUUCUAUCCCUCAAGAAAGUUGAACAUUGUUUGUGAAGACUUGGUAUUAUUUUCUAAGCAAACAUAACCAGUUCGUUCCUUAGCUUAUAAGCAACGUCAUUCAAAAAUAUAAAUAAAUCAUCCAGAUUAAUAUCCUAAAGAUAAUAAUAAUUUGAUCCUAAAUUAUUCGAAUCCAAAACCAUGAAAGUCAAGACAUCAACCUUGAUAAUCAUAACAGCCGUAUUCCUGUUCGUGUUUUUCGAAUCCGGGGUUUGUAGAAUGGAAAGGAGUUCCAUGAAUCAGCAUCGGCUAGGCGGAAUUUAUGAUAUCACAGACCAACAUAACAACGGGGUCGAGAUCGAAGACCUGGCCCGAUUCGCUGUCCAAGAUCAUAACAAAAAACAGAAUUCCUUUUUGAAGUUUGCUAGAUUGAUAAAGGCGAAAGAGCAGGUGGUGGCGGGUAAGAUGUACCAUCUCACUUUGGAGGCAGCUGAUGCUGCUGGCAAGAUUAAAGUAUAUGAAACUAAAAUUUGGGUAAAGCCAUGGAUGAACUUUAAGCAGGUGCAAGAAUUCAAGGUUGCCAAUGAUCCAUUCGUCUAAAAGUUUGUAUUAACAAGGUAAUGCUGUCCUUUGAUGCUCUUGAUCAAUAAACUACUAGUCGAUACUAAAAACGUUUGAGCUGCCUAAUUGUCUAAGGCAUUAUGAUACAUGGAAAUAUGGAAUACUUGUUUGCUUUAUGUAAAUACUCAUAACAAUUGCAAAGUGAAAUAAGCUAGUUAGUGAGAUGGCAUAACUGUAACAACUAUGCUUUUGAUAUAUACAAUGUAUACAAUUUCGUUCAAGCUGUUUUAUAUUGUUUGAUCA